CUUUCAUCUGCCUCAAACGCACGAUAUGCAAUCUAAGCAACUAGUUUGGACAAAAGUCAACAAUAAUCAGCUAGCUAGUUGUCUAGUCGGUCAGUCAAUCCAACAGCAGCAAAAAUGUCACGGUCAUCCAUCAACCCGGACGACAUCAAUCUGCUAGCGCAAUUCCUGGCCCACGAACAAAUCCCAGCAUCAUCCCACCCCCCGAUCAACACCGACUGCAUCGUGAUAUGCGUUUCGGCAGUGCUUUAUCCCGCAACGACCGUUUUCAAACACCUAGAGCGCAAUCCCCAACUAACUAAAACACUGGUGCUAUGCGGUGGAAUCGGCCAUUCCACGCCUUAUCUCUACGAGGCCGUAUCCAAGCACCCAGACUACGCACACCUCAUCCCAGAAAUCACAGGCAAGCCAGAAUCUCACGUCCUGCAUACUAUCUUCACCCGGUGCUUUGAUGCCACCUUCAUCCAGAAAUCCGGCUGCACGGUUCUACUAGAAGAUAAGUCCACGAAUUGCGGCCAGAAUGCCACAGAAACACGGGCAUUAUUAGCAAGGAAUGGUAUUCCGGAACCUAAAUCUAUGAUUGUUGUUCAGGAUCCUACCAUGGCUCGGCGGACGGUUGCCUCAUUUGAAAAGGCGUAUGCGCCGAGGCCCCCAAACUUGCUCAGCUGGCCGAUUAUAGUGCCCCGAGUUAAGAUGGAGGGGGGUGAGUUGGUGUAUGAUUAUGAUGAUGUUGAUGAGAGUAUGCCAGGGGUGACCGGGGGUUUGUGGAGUAUGUCACGCUUCUUGGGUCUGGUUCUGGGUGAGAUCCCACGGUUGAGGGAUGAUGAGCAUGGGUAUGGGCCCAUGGGUAAGGAGUUUAUUGGUCAUGUUGAUAUUCCUGAGGAGGUUGAGUGCGCGUUUUCUAGAGUCCAAGGGGGGUUAGGAGAGAAUUUGGUGAAGAGAUAGUUAGAUCUUUUCCAGGUCGUGUUGUGGCUGUGGUUUUACUAUGGGGAAUCUCGCGAUCGGAACUGCCGAGAUAUCCACUAGAGACCCAUAUUCAUGAUACCGUGCCGUGUGUAUCUAACAUGUACUGACAUAGAAUUUGUAUUGAUUGUAGGCGGUUAGCUGCGUAUCAGUCUGUAUAUAACGGUACCA